UGAGUACCAUCAUGGUUGAGAAGACGAAGAUCCUGAACAUCUUUCUAGGCCUCGCCGCACAGAUGCUUCAGUUCAUGGAGCCUGGAGACCUCCGGGCAAGUCUGGCCAUGGCGAGGGUGACAGAUAGGGCGUUGGUGCAGACUCUCUUGCAAAUCAUGCGGGAGUAUAGCGUUCCGUGCAUGGUCGUGCCUCGGAUCCGCCGAUACACCAUUGAACUUGUUGUUGCCAUGAUGCAAUUGGACACGCGAUACAUGGCCCUAUUCGUGGAAAAUGGGAUGGAAGGGGACCUAAAGCGCAUUGCCGGCACCACAUCAGAGCUUGAGUGUUUCAAUGCGUUCUCCGGGAGCAUCGGGCUCAGCCGUCGCGCCGUUACUGUUUGCUCGCUCGUCAAGUCAGCAAUGGAGUUGAUGAAGCAUGCUUGAAAUCCUCAUUAUGACUAGUAGAUGCAUGCUUAGUCUCAUAUAUUUUCUUUCCCCCUGUGAUUACUUUAGUUGUCUUGUGUAAUCUUAUACUUGUUGAUAUUGUGUAGUACAUAUACACUUAUUUCAAUUAAAGCUUUUCGAUCUGUUGUCGAAAACUAUAUCAUGUAGAAA